AGGCGACUGUUGGGCUACUUCGAAGAAUUGAGAAAACAAAAGAGGAUCAAACAUCGAUGCAGUCGGACGAAAACAAUGCAACGAAAUCCCCCGACUACUUAGCCACGGGUAUUUUCCUAACUUCUACGUGUACAUAACUCAGGUUGUCGCCAGCCUUCAAUCAGCGUCAAAGCGCGAAUCGACGAGAUUCUGGCGGACGUGCUAGGAUCAAUAACUCCAAGCAUCCCAAAAGCCGCCAAAUUGCAGCCUCAUCAGUCUCCUCGAAGGACUCUUAAUUAGCUCCUACGUUUCGGAAAUUACGAUGGACUCGGAUGUAGACUCGGACUUUUAUGGGGACGGGGAUCAUGCAUCUCAACUUCAGGAACGCGUCGACAGCUUCGAUGUUGAGAACUAUUUCCAAGCCAGAGCGUCUCAUUCAGGUCGUCCUCUUCCCGGCGCAAUUCCCACAAAUAACCUGACGCAUCUUCACAAUCCAUAUGCCAACAUAGACUACGCCUGGCAGCUGACUGAGACGGUCGAGUCUUUUCUGCAACGACUGCCCCCAGAAACAACACCUCAGAAUCUCAAAACCCCGUGGAUAUUCAUCUGCAACCCCUUCAUACCACGCGCGGCAAAAGUUGACAGCAGCGACACGCGGGGUGAGGAUGAUGCCGAGGCUCCAGAAGAGGAUGGGAGUAACGUGCAGAUGCUGGUGACCGGUGCUGAGGAACGGUUGGACCUGUUGAGGUCAUUUAUCGAGAAGACGGAGGAAACGAAGAAGUCGAAGGCAGCAAAAGAGAAAGAGAUUGCAAAAGAGAAGUCUCGGGCCACGUCAGAUAUACUCAACCUCGCAGCGAUGCAAAAAGUCCGCGCGGGCAAGUGGAUGCUUUUCUGUUCGCCUCGAGAAGUCAAUGAAGUCUGGGAGAUUGUGGCAAAGUCGACGGCGGACAACGAGCUCGGAAUAGCCGCCAAAGUGGCACCGAGAAGCGAGACAGAGGAUCCCCGUAAAGACCGCCUCGUGUGCGUGUACACGACAGACUUCAGCAACAAGGCAGACGUGGAACGUGUGCUCCAAAAGCUUCGCGAGCUCAAGCUUGUCGAGGCUCGGGGGCGUCCAAUAUACUACAAACCUGACGCCUAUACUUACAUUGGUAUCUCGUCGGGGAACCCAUGGGGCAUUCGCGCGUCCAUCUACAGCUCGCUGGAUAGUUUCUCAUAAGGACCGAUAGUUAUCUUUUAGCGGGACAUGGCCCAGAAUUCAACAUUGCUCGCUGAUAUGUAGAACCCGUCUAUUCCAAAAACAAGCACAAAA